GGUCAUGGUAUUUCUUCAGAGGAUUUAUUUCUGCCUUUACUCUCUCUCACAGGGAGGAAGAUGAGUAUUCAGAGUUGCGGUCAGAGCUCAGCCAAAGCCAGCAUGAGGUUAACGAAGAUUCAUGCAGCAUGGACCAGAAUUCUGUUUCAGUACCAGAGAAUCAGUCCACCAUGGUCGCCGCAGACGUAGAUAACUGUAGUGACUUGAAUUCAGAACUGCAAAGAGUGCUAACAGGUCUGGAAAAUGUUGUCUGCGGGAGGAAGAAAAGCAGCUGCAGUUUAUCGGUAGCAGAAGUGGAUAGACAUAUUGAACAACUCACUACCGCCAGCAAACAUUGUGAUUUAGCCAUUAAGACUGUGGAAGAGAUUGAGUGUGUACUGGGACGUGACCUUUAUCCAAAUCUGUCUGAAGAGAGAUCUCAAUGGGAAAAGGAGCUAGCUGGCCUGCAGGAAGAGAAUGAGAGCCUCACAGCCAUGCUGUGUAGCAAAGAGGAGGAGCUGAACAGGACCAAGGCCACCAUGAAUGCUAUUCGUGAAGAAAGGGACAGGCUGCGUAGAAGGGUUCGGGAGCUGCAAACACGUUUACAAAGCGUACAGGCCACAGGCCCAUCCAGCCCAAGUCGUCUCACUUCUGCCAGUCGACCCAUUAACCCCAGUACCGGAGAGCUGAGCACAAGCAGCAGUAGCAAUGACAUUCCCGUAGCCAAGAUUGCUGAAAGAGUGAAGUUGUCAAAGACAAGAUCAGAGUCUUCAUCAUCUGAUAGGCCUGUCUUAGGAUCAGAAAUCAGCAGCAUAGGGGUGUCUAGUACUGUGGCUGAACAUUUGGCACAUUCCCUUCAAGACUGCUCAAACAUCCAGGAAAUAUUUCAGACUCUUUAUUCACAUGGAUCUGCUAUCUCUGAGAGUAAAAUCCGAGAGUUUGAAGUGGAGACAGAAAGAUUAAAUAGCCGCAUUGAGCACUUGAAAUCCCAGAAUGACUUGUUGACAAUAACACUGGAAGAGUGCAAGAGCAAUGCUGAAAGGAUGAGCAUGCUUGUUGGGAAGUACGAGUCCAAUGCCACAGCCCUCAGGCUUGCAUUGCAGUACAGUGAACAGUGCAUAGAAGCAUAUGAGCUGCUGUUGGCUUUGGCAGAAACCGAGCAGAGUCUCAUUCUUGGGCAGUUCAAAGCUGCAGGUGUUGGUUCUGUUGGGGACCAGGCAGGUGAUGAAAACAUCACUCAAAUGCUUAAGAGAGCUCAUGACUGCCGGAAGACAGCUGAGAACGCAGCAAAAGCCUUGCUGAUAAAACUAGAUGGGAGCUGCGGAGGAGCCUAUGCAAUCACCGGCUGUAGCGUACAGCCCUGGGAAAGCCUGUCAUCCAACAGCCACACAAGUACUACCAGCUCAACUGCAAGCAGUUGUGAUACGGAAUUUACAAAGGAGGAUGAGCAACGACUGAAGGAUUACAUACAGCAGUUGAAAAAUGACAGAGCAGCAGUGAAACUGACAAUGCUGGAGCUGGAAAGCGUCCACAUUGAUCCCCUUAGUUAUGACGUUAAACCUCGAGGAGACAGCCAGAGGCUAGACCUGGAAAAUGCAGUCUUGAUGCAGGAACUUAUGGCAAUGAAGGAGGAGAUGGCAGAGCUUAAGGCACAGCUUUACCUGCUGGAGAAGGAGAAGAAGGCAUUGGAAUUGAAACUGAGCACUCGAGAGGCCCAGGAGCAGGCCUACCUAAUCCAUAUUGAGCACUUGAAGUCUGAAGUGGAAGAGCAAAAAGAAGAGAGGAUGAGGUCUCUCAGCUCAACGAGCAGCGGAAGCAAAGACAAACUGGGCAAGGAAGGCAGUGAUGGCACCGCAGCAGCAACAGCAUUAACACUAGGUGAGCUGAGUCCAUAUGAUGAGAGUGAAGUGACUGCUGAACUGACAAACGCACUCAGGCGGGAGAAGAAACUGAAGGCUAGAGUGCAAGAGUUAGUGAGUGCUUUGGAGAGACUCACCAAGAGCAGUGAAAUCAGACAUCAGCAGUCCGCAGAAUUUGUUAAUGACCUUAAACGGGCAAACAGCAACUUGGUAGGAGCUUAUGAAAAAGCAAAGAAAAAGCAUCAGAAUAAGCUGAAGAAAUUGGAAUCACAAAUGAUGGCCAUGGUGGAGAGACAUGAAACACAAGUAAGAAUGCUCAAACAAAGAAUAGCUUUACUAGAAGAAGAGAAUUCUAGACCACACACCAAUGAAACUUCACUUUAAAUGCAUCUCCUUCAAAGAUGCUUAGUGCCAUUACAAAUUUGUUUCAUUUGGAGGCUGACUUAGGUAGCUUGAAAUGCUGAAAGCCCUGACUCUCAAUGCUGACACAGUAAGAACCUGCUCUGGGAUCCCAGAGAGGUGUUAUGGGGAUAAUGUGUUAACCUUAAGGACUGUUUUGCAAUGUAAAAUGGCAGUGCCUGAAUUAUCAUGCUAUAAUUAUAUAUGUUGUCUGUGUCAUUAUGUCUGUAUUCUUACAGCUUCUCUUCCAUUUUAAAUGUCCCAUGGGUGACACUGUCACACAGUAAUUCUUAACAGAGUUUUCAAUUUGGGCAGUUUGGAGGUAAUUUGAGUUUUCACA